CUUCAAAUAUUUUCCAAACUUUGUUUCUUUAGCAGCCCCUCUCUCUCUCUUCCAACAUGAGGACAAAGACCACGUCUUCUCUUGCAUCAAGGCCAAGCCAUAGCCAUCAGUACAGAAGCAAAGAAAUCCACCACCACCACCACCAUGGCGAUGUGGUUGAGGAAAUUGAGGGACUUAUCAGAGUUCACAGAGAUGGAAACGUGGAGCGACCCCAGAUUGUGUCCUGUGUCCCAGCUUCACCCUGUCCAGAUCUCAAUGUGAUUUCAACAGACAUGGCCAUUGACAAUUUCACAGGCACUUGGGCUCGUUUUUAUGUCCCUAACACCACAGUUUCCCGCCAUAAUCCUCACCAGAAGCUUCCUUUGCUGAUCUAUUUUCAUGGAGGUGGUUUCUGCGUUGGUUCUGCUUCUUGGGUUUGUUACCAUGAGUUCCUUUCUAAGCUCUCAUCCAAACUCAGUUGCUUGAUCAUGUCAAUAAACUAUCGUCUAGCACCAGAAAACCCUCUUCCUGCAGCUUAUGAAGAUGGGUUCAAAUCCCUGUUAUGGGUGAAACAGCAAAUCCUAUACCAGUGUGAAGCUAGUCAAUGGUGGAUUCAAAAAUGCAACUUUUCUAGAAUCUUCCUAGCAGGAGAUAGUGCUGGUGCCAACAUAGCCUAUAACGUAGCCUUAAAUUUAUCAACACACGAAGCUUCAUCAGCCAUGAGGCCUUUGGAUGUGAAGGGUAUGAUUCUGAUACAACCUUUCUUUGGAGGAGAAAAGAGAACAGCAUCAGAGAAGAAGAUGGGUGAAGCUCCAAGCUCUGCACUGAGCUUAGCUGCUUCUGAUACGUACUGGCGCUUGGCUCUGCCUCGAGGUUCGAACCGGGACCAUCAAUGGUGCAACCCAUUGGGACAAGAGUCGGUGAGAUUGGAGGAAUUGAGGCUGUGUCCUGUGUUGGUUUGUGUGUCGGAGUUGGAUAUAUUGAAAGAUCGGAACUUGGAGUUGUGUGGUGCUUUGGUGCGAGCUGGGAAAAAGGUCGAACAUUUGGUGUGCAGAGGGGUAGGUCACGCGUUUCAGAUUCUAAGCAAAUCUCAGAUAUCACAGAGCCAAACACAUGAAUUGAUGGCUCGUAUCAAAUCCUUCGUCAUGGGUCUAUGAUCUCUUCUCCAAUUUACCUGUUUGAACAGGCCUAUGUGUGUCUAUAUAUUUAGAUAUUGUGCUAGCAUAUAUAGAGAGAUAAAAACCCAACAGAGAAUGAAAGGUUUGAUAUGAUACUUCUUACUUUUUUUACAGGUAUAAUAGAUAGAUGAUUUCAACUUUUGUAAUGAAAAAAGGAACCAUGUUGAAAGAGCUUUAUCUUUUAUUUAGAGUGUAACUUAAAUCUGAAUUGCUCAGUAAUAACAUAUUACUUCUGAUUUUAAUUA